AUGGGGACAAUUCAUCUCUUUAGAAAACCUCAAAGAUCUUUUUUUGGCAAGUUAUUACAGGAAUUUAGACUUGUAGCAGCUGAUCGAAGGUCCUGGAAGAUACUGCUCUUUGGUGCCAUAAACUUAACAUGUACUGGCUUCCUGCUAAUGUGGUGCAGCUCCACUAACAGUAUAGCUUUAACUGCCUAUACUUACCUGACCAUUUUUGAUCUUUUUAGUUUGAUAACUUGUUUAAUAAGUUACUGGGUGAUGAUGAGGAAACCUAGCCCUGCGUAUUCAUUUGGAUUUGAAAGAUUAGAAGUCUUGGCUGUAUUUGCCUCCACAGUCUUGGCACAGUUGGGAGCUCUCUUUAUUUUAAAAGAAAGCGCAGAACGCUUUUUGGAGCAGCCCGAGAUACACACGGGAAGAUUAUUAGUUGGUACUUUUGUGGCUCUUUCAUUCAACUUGUUCACAAUGCUUUCAAUUCGGAAUAAACCUUUUGCUUAUGUUUCUGAAGCUGCUAGUACGAGUUGGCUUCAAGAGCAUGUUGCAGAUCUUAGUCGGAGCGUGUGUGGAAUUAUUCCAGGACUUAGCAGUAUCUUCCUUCCCCGAAUGAAUCCAUUUGUUUUGAUUGAUCUUGCUGGAGCAUUUGCUCUUUGUAUUACUUAUAUGCUAAUUGAAAUUAAUAAUUAUUUUUCUGUAGACACUGCGUCAGCCAUUGCCAUUGCUCUGAUGACGUUUGGCACCAUGUAUCCCAUGAGCGUGUACAGUGGGAAAGUAUUACUCCAGACAACACCACCCCAUGUUAUUGGUCAGUUGGACAAACUUAUCAGAGAGGUAUCUACCUUGGAUGGAGUUUUGGAAGUCCGAAAUGAGCAUUUUUGGACCCUAGGUUUUGGCUCAUUGGCUGGAUCAGUUCACGUGAGAAUUCGACGAGAUGCCAAUGAACAAAUGGUUCUUGCUCAUGUGACCAACAGGCUGUACACGCUUGUAUCUACUCUGACUGUUCAGAUUUUCAAGGAUGAUUGGAUCAGGCCUGCCUUACUGUCUGGGCCUGUUGCAGCCAAUGUCCUAAACUUUUCAGAUCAUCAUGUAAUCCCAAUGCCUCCUCUGAAGGGUACUGAUGAUUCAAACCCUGUCACAUCAACUCCAGCUAAACCUAGUAGUCCACCUCCAGAAUUUUCAUUUAACACACCUGGAAAAAAUGUGAGCCCAGUUAUUCUUCUAAAUACGCAAACAAGACCUUAUGGUUUAGGUCUUAAUCAUGGACACGCACCUUAUAGCAGCGUACUUAAUCAAGGACUUGGAGUUCCAGGCAUUGGAGCAACCCAAGGAUUCAGGACUGGUUUUACAAAUGUCCCAAGUAGAUGUGGAACUAACAAUAGAAUUGGACAACCAAGACCAUGA